AUGGCACGCCAGCGCGCAGUCCUUGCCCUGGCAAUGGCCCUCGCGGCCCUGUGCUACUCGGUGGGCUUCGUGGGCCUCCAGGGACUUCAGCCCGCAGGCCGCUAUCCUCAGACCGCUGCGCGUGCGGAGGCCAAGAAGGCCCCCAAGAAGAAGGCCAAGGGUCCAUGGGUGGGCCCGAAGAAGGGCUCCUGGGUGAAGAUCCUGCGACCAGAGUCUUACUGGUUCCAGCAGAGGGGGCAAGUUGUGAAUGUGAACCAGAAGCCCGAAGUGAAGUAUCCGGUGACAGUCAAAUUCGACUCGGUGAAUUACGCCAACGUCAAUACCAACGGCUACGCUUUGUGGGAGGUCAUUGAAGCCCCAGCUCCUGGUCCUGGUGAAGUCUGA